AUCUACCUGUCGCAGCCAUGAACUAUCCAUAUAGGAAUUCUUUCAUCACCUCCUCAAACUGAACAGUGCGCAUGUUCCUUUAGAGCUAUCCUUGACUCACUCCACCUUCUGUUCAGCCGAGAAGCCAGGAUUGCAUUUUGCAGUCGUGACAAUCAAAUACUGAGAACACUAAACGUCACCCAACCUGGAGAAAAAUGAGCUGCGUUCAAUUGACCUGACCAUGAAGUGGCUGGAGUGAUCUGAGUGUGGUGCGGUUUCCCACGGCGAUCGGACCUCAUCUGAAACCAGAACCAUGGUGAGCCGACUCAGGAGCUGCGCCCCGGUCAUCCGCUUCUGCCAGAAGCUGAACCGGGUCAAGACCUUAGAGGAUGACAUGAUGGAGACCUCGCUGAAGAGGUGCCUCACCACGGUGGACCUGACCCUGCUAGGCAUCGGGGGCAUGGUGGGCUCCGGCUUGUAUGUACUGACGGGAACUGUGGCAAAAGAAACAGCGGGGCCGGCUGUGGUCAUAUCCUUCCUGAUCGCCGGGCUGGCCUCCCUGCUUUCAGCCUUCUGCUACGCUGAGUUUGGAGCCCGGGUGCCAAAGACCGGCUCGGCCUACAUGUUCACCUACAUCUCCGUUGGGGAAAUUUGGGCCUUCUUGAUUGGCUGGAAUGUUAUUCUGCAGUGUAUGAUUGGAGGAGCGGCAGUGGCCCGGGCCUGGAGCGGUUAUCUAGACUCAAUUUGUAAUCACACCAUUAAAAAUUUCACAGAGACCCACAUUGUGAGCUGGCACGUGCCCUUUAUAGCCCAUUACCCCGAUCUCCUGGCAGCAGGGAUCCUUUUAGUAGUUACGGUCUUUGUCUCCUUUGGAGUCCGGGUCUCUUCCUGGCUCAACCACGUGUUCUCAGCCGUCAGCAUGGUUGUCAUCCUUUUCAUCCUCAUUUUUGGGUUCGUUUUGGCCAAACCAGUCAACUGGAGCAUGCAGGAAGGGGGCUUUGCUCCCUAUGGCAUGUCUGGGAUCCUGGCUGGCACUGCCACCUGUUUCUAUGCCUUCGUUGGCUUUGACGUGAUCGCGGCAUCCAGCGAGGAGACCAAGGACCCUCAGAAGGCUAUCCCCAUAGCAACCGCUGUCUCCCUCGGCAUUGCAACCGGGGCCUACAUCCUGGUCUCUACGGUGCUCACUCUAAUGGUGCCCUGGCACACCCUGGACCCUGAGUCUGCUCUGUCUGAUGCCUUCUACCGCCGGGGUUACAGCUGGGCAGGCUUCAUAGUGGCCAUCGGCUCCAUCUGUGCAAUGAACACAGUUCUCCUGAGUAGCCUCUUCUCGCUGCCCCGCAUUGUCUACGCCAUGGCUGAAGACGGCUUGUUCUUCCAGGUCUUUGCCCGGGUCCACCCGGUAACCAAGGUUCCGGUGAUCGCCAUCGUGGUAUUCGGGAUCCUUAUGGCCAUCCUGGCUCUCAUCUUUGACCUGGAGGCUUUGGUCCAGUUCCUCUCCAUCGGCACCCUGCUGGCCUACACCUUCGUGGCUGCCAGUGUCAUCGUCUUGAGGUUCCAGCCCAACAAACCCAACUCUUCCCCCUCUGCCACCCAACCCCCUGCACCCCAACCCAGCUCCCCAGCCCAGGACAGCGGGGAACUGAAGGAGUACGAGUCCUUCUCUGAAAAACUCCAGCUGGUGGAGAUGCAGAAGAAAGCCAAGGAGCGGAGGGAGCCAGGCCAGCUCAGGACUGUCUUUGACCCCUACCUGAAGUUCCUCAAUGCCUUUGAGCCUGGGGAGGUAGUGACCAUCUCUGUUGUGUCCAUGGUGGUCUGUGCUAUUUGCAUGUGUAUCAUCCUGGUGUUUGGGACAAACCAGCUGCAGCUGCCCCUCUGGAGUGUUUGUCUGCUGGCUGUCCUGUGUGGAACCGUGUAUCUCCUCAGUCUCUUCUUCAUUUGGGUCCACGAGCAGCAGCAUAUCAUCAAGACCUUUCAGGUGCCACUGGUGCCUCUAAUUCCAGGGCUGAGCAUCUUGAUGAAUGUAUUCCUCAUGCUGAAGCUGAGCGCAAUGACUUGGAUCCGCUUCUCAGUCUGGCUUCUAGUAGGUCUCCUGGUGUAUUUUGGCUACGGUAUCUGGCACAGCAAGGAGAACCUGCGUGAGCCCAAGCCCCACAGCGUCGCUGCCCACUAUGUGGUCCUGCCCAGCGGCAGCCUGGUAGAGACUGUCCAGACCGUGCAGCCGGACCCCCAGGAGGGCACGGGGCUGGGGAAGGGGUCCAAAGAGGAAAAAGCAACGAGAUGAUUGGGCUCCAGCACAGGCCUCCUUUCAAAUCCUUCCCAUUCUGCCUCUUACGUGCUGGGUUUGAUUUUUUCUUUCCCAUAAGGGUCACAACACUGAAACCAAGGUUAGCUGAAAGCACCAAAGGAAAGGACGUGUUGUAAUCAUGUUUAAAUAGUGACAUUGGUCUCCAUGCAGUGCAAUUCAGAAAACACUAGGUCUGUCUUUUGUGUUUAGCAUUCAGCUAAUAUACACCGCUAUACAACCCUAGACACCUAUCAACUGUAUGUGGUAGUUUCCUGUUUCAAAUGUAAAUGAUUUAUUUCCUUCCCUUUUUUCUGAGGUUUGCAGUCAUAGUGAUGGUGUGUUGCUCCACUUUCCUUCUUUUUACCCUUGCGCUUUCACUGAGCACAUUCACCUGCCUGCUCAUUGUGGUUGACUUCUUCAUUAGUACUGUGGAUAUUCAUUCACCUUUGAGCAGGUGGAGAGUGGACACACAACAGGUCACAGAAUCAAUAGAUGUUUUGGGGAACGAGAAGGACCGGAUUAGCACUAGUCUUGGACUAUCUUACCCAAGGUAACAUUAGUGCUCACCCAGGCACUCUGGGUUUCUCUGUAAAGCUCCUUGCCUAAAUUUGAUGGGGGGGGGAUGGGGGGGACAGGGGGACAGCUAUUUCACACAGUGACCUAUAUUUAGCACAGCACCUUUACUUCUGAUUAGCUGAGCUUUUGAAGUGGAUUGUACUGCUGACACCUGUAAUGUGUUGAUCGCAUUUAUUAUUAAUCUCUCUUCUUUAUCCAUUAAAGAAUAUGUUAUACAUAUAAACAUGACAAUGAGUGUUUAGUGCUAUAAGACAAUAGCAUUUCAUGUUCAAAAAUCUUUCUUUUCAUAUGUUUUUAAAAUAGUUUGUAUGCUUUUUUUAAUUAGCAUAUGUAGACCUGUAUAGUUUAGCUUAUACAUGAGCUCAUCAUGAGCUUUCUAUUACUGGUGUUCCUAUUUUUUGUCCAUAAAUACAAUCCCAAUUAUCAAUGACAAGUACAAGGCUUGGGAGCUUCUCGAUUAACAGCAGCAGGUUGAUUACCAAACUCCCUGGCCAAGACACAAAGUCAAAUGAGCCCCUUUUGGAAUUAAGCUGCAAUGUUUUACUGCAAACGUCCCCAGCUUAUACCUGUACCUACCUCCCUACACUUCAAUAACAUGUAACCAUUGUAACAGAUCACAACUUUAUGGAACAGAAUA